AACGAAGCGAUUGCCUUACAAGCUGGAAUACCACUACGAGCAAAAAGGCCUUGUGGCAAAAUUGCGCUCGGAAUCGAAAAUUUGGACUGUACGGAACUGGAAGACGAAGGAGAGGAGAGAAAGGGGGAAGAUAGAAGUAGAUUGGCGGCCAAGGGAGAAGAUAAUGGUGCUAGGAGCAGUAAAUUUGCAAUCAGCAGAUUGCCUUGGCAUGAAAAGAGUCAAGGAGCCGCCGGCGGACUUCAGAGCAGCGGAACUGAUGGUGCAAAUUUGAUGCAAAGGAGUGGAUUUGCUGAGUUGGCGGGGCAGGAGAUGGAGCGCGGACUGAUUAAAGUGGCCACGGGAAGGGCCGGCGCCGCCGGCCGCCGCGCUACCGGCAGUCCGACCUCGGAUGCGAUAGAUUCAGCCGAGGCUCUACUGCUGGAAAGGCGCUGCUUCCAUCGCCAACACAGUGACCCAUCCUCCCCUCUGGGCACUGGUCAGCCGAUCGGUCUAACUUCCUGUCACGUCGGCAGGCAGACGAAUCCCUGGCCAUGGCCCUCUUCCACUGGCUCCCGGCAACCAGCUACCCAAGCGCAUCCCCAUUACUCAACCACACCAGUACAUGCACAUGCGCAUGCACAUCCCCACCACUACCACCAUCACCAUCAUCACGGCCCGACGAAGCAUGGGUGCUCCUGUCGUCGGCAUCCCAUCUCGACGCAGUAUGGCCCAAUCGGGCCUCCUGGACCGUUGUCCAGAAACGCCACAGCCUCAACAUCCGUUUCCAGGGCGACUCGGCGAGCUAUGCUGACACAACCGGAUAAAUGCGGACAGUCCUGGCGACAGGCGCGCUCAAUGUCCGAGGAGUACUAUUACUACGCCCGUCCGAGGCUGGAAGAAGACUAUCCCAUCUCCGGACGACUCGGCAGUGGGUAUCACGCCUCACGGAGACUGGGUGAAACCGGAGGACUGGGAGGCUGUGAAGAUGGUGCCAAUCUGUCCGGGGACAGCUCGAAAGAGACGAGUGUCUCGGACGCCGGUGCCACGAGAGGCCGUGAACGGCGUUGGCAGAAGCCGGUGGGACUGACUUCACGAAAGCCCAACUCCUCUUUGUCCCACGAAGCCGGUGCCAGCGGACUGUGCCAGAGACCGAGGCCACGAGGUGCGGCUCGCAGCAGUUGGGAUCUGCGUCGACUGGCCCAGGCGACGGAAUCGCUCGGGGGCACACGACGUCUCGGCCAGCCCACGUGGCUGGACGAUUUGGACGCUGGACUAGACCGGGCCGCCGGAAGCGGACCGGCUGCGGUGCCGAGAGCUGGAAGGUCCGGCGAGACGGCCAUCAUUCUUGGCAAUCGGAGUCUGCAGCAGAGCCGUUCACAUUCACGACGCGAGUUGAAUGUGAACGGCUCGGAAGUCGGUCGUCCACCUCUGCACUCCUCCUCCUCUCUGGAUGACUUCGACCUGGCCAGGCCGAAGCCUCCUCCGCCCGGCCGGCCCCGCAACAACAAUCUGUAUGCAUCUGGCCUCUUCAGGCCGCGCAGCAGAAGCAGCAGUCCUCGACACUUCUCCGGCAGCGGCGAUGCUGCC